AUGGUAUCUAGAAAGAGGUUGAGCAAAGUUACAUGCAAAUAUCUGAGAAAUUUGAAGAGAAAGGAGAAGAACUGCACAACAGCAGUCUUGGACAUAAACUCCAACGUAACAGAUAUGAUUAACACAUUAAAAAGAGUCCAAGAAAUUAGUCUUGUGGAGUUCAAGUCAGUCUUAUCUUUCAUUUCUCAGCCAAAGGCAAAAUCAAAGUCCUCUGGCUGGCAUAUCAUCUCAAAAGCAUUGCAAUCCAAGCGCGUAUCAUGUGAAGUGGAAAUUGAAGUAAAUGAACUAGAGAAGAUUGAUGCUGAAUUGCUCAUCCUGAAGUCAAGCAAAGACGUGAGUAUUUCACAACUUCAAAGCCUUCUCAAAGGAUUGGAGACUCUAGGGUCAAGCAUUAAAGAAGCUGAGGAGGAGCUAGAAUGCAUAUAUAGGCAAUUGGUGAAAACUAGAGUAUCCCUUCUCAACAUCCUCAACCAUUAG